UCUCUCUCUCUCUCUCUCUCUCUCCCUUGGUCUCCAUUUCCCUCUCUUUCCCUCCUUUCGGUGCCGUGUGCAUUUCUCUCUCUUUCGAGGUGGAAUUGUUACUCAUCGUCUGGAACGUUGAAUUCUCGCGAGACAAAAACAAAAAAAGAGUCGUUCAUUAUAAGCCUUCUUCGAUUCCUCGACGCGCCAGUGCACUACACGCCUGCUCGCCCUCUUUCCCUCCUCCCUAUUCCACCGGGGGAAAACCCGACCGGUCGACCGAUACGAGCAGCAGUAAUAGCCCCGGGGCGAUACGACAUAUCCACGACAUCUCGCACCUCACACACACAUACACCCACACACCCACCUACACACACGUCCGAACCUGCCCAACGACUGCGAGGUCUUCGCCUGACCACCCUCGAAACCUGCGACACCGAAGCCUUCAGGACACAGGAGAACCGGCAGAAUCCCCUUUUUUGUUUCCCUCUCACUCAUUCGUCUGGGUCUUUUCUUCCUACUUCCCGUCUGUCUGUCUAGAACUAGUCAAAGAAACUUUGUUCUGCAGAUCAAACCCGAGACAAGGGCGACACCUCCCGUACACGACAAGUCUGACGGCUCUGAUUCUUUCUCCCUUUGAUCCGCCUUUUCUCAUCCUCUACUCUUUGGCCUCACAUCCUGCCAGCUUGGGACCCAUCGGCCGAAUUCGCUUCGACACACCGACUCGCUUUAGUCCUCGGACUCGACCGACGCCUCGAGGGCAUCCGCUUGCGUGCUUAGACUGUCGUAUCACCUCUUCAAGUUGUCUGUCAGGAGACAUUGUCGCUUUUCCGAGGAACCGUCGCAUUGGAAUCGAGUUAUCGUCCUUUUCUGAAAUUGCUUUGGAGUCAACGCAUUCUACCCGAUACGCACCUUCAUGUUACGCUGCAGAUUGCACGCCGUUCAUUUACACACCAUCUCCCAUUAGCAUCUUAACCGACACGAUCGCAUCAUCUACCUCAUCACACGACUCAACAUACGAACACGAUGAAGCUCCCCGAGCCCAAGGUCGCUCUGGAGAACAUAUGUUCAGUCAUCCACGACAACGUUCUCUACACAUACGCCGCUGGCGCUUUCCAGUCAUUGGCACUCGAAGAAGGCGCUAAAUGGAAGACGUUGACGCAAGGUGAAUCUGUUACGGGAGCCGUUUGCGUGGGCUCGAAUCCCAAGGAUGCCAGCCAGGCGGGCUUGUACAUCGUAGGGGGUAAAGGGGCAUCGGCCGACUAUCGCGGACUGCAGAAGUUCACCUACGCAACGGGCAAGUGGGAAUCCAUCACACCACAGGACCCCGUCACACAGAAUCGACUACUCCACGGAGCAACAUACCUCCCCGGCACUGACCAGAUCAUCAUGUAUGGUGGCAGCCAGGAUGGAUACUCGGGUCCCUCGACGCAGACUUUCGUGGUCGGAGCGUCAGCGCCUUACAACACCAGGGCCUACUCGUCGUCAGCGGCACCCGUCGUGAACCCCAUCCUCCUGCCGUGGUCCGAUACGCAGGCGGUCUUGGUCGGAGGCAGCACCACCAACAACAAGAUUAUGCUCUUCAACCCCGACGUGGCUUGGACCGACUCUGGCGCGACGCUGGCGGAACCUCUGAUGAAGGACACGACGGCCAUCAGAGCCGUCCUCAUCAAUGGAGAUGAUGGAAGUAAGAGCUUGUACACCUUCGACCUCUCAACGACACCGAACGAGGUCAAGCGAAUGGUUCUCAUCGAUGCCUCGGGUGCCCCCGUUGCCAACUCCGCUGCAGUUUCGAAGAAGGCCACGAGAGAUGCCACUGGCGAGUUCGAGAAGCGCUCGCUGACACUCAGUGACUGGCCCGCUUACAACCAAACGUUCGCGCCCGCGGGUACCCGGCUCAACUAUGCCCUUGCCCAGGGCUCUGACGGGCUUGUCGUGUUUGCUGGAGGCUCUGGGUCCGUCGACGACCCUCUCUGCAUGUUCAAUGCGCGCGAGAAUAGCUGGGAAGAUGCCGUCCAGAAACUGAGCGAGCAAGAAGUUCUCAUCACUAGCGAAUCAACGAGCUCGAUAAGCAGCACCACCGCGACCUCGACUGUUGGAAGCUCGAGCGCAUCCGGGACCUCCUUUUCGACCUUGCCCGCGUCCGUCAGCGCCUCCCCCUCUGGCUCGGCCUCGGCCUCGUCAUCCGCCAGUUCCGAGACCGCCGCUGCCGGCACCCCGGCUGCUGUCGGCGCCAACACCAUCCUCGGUAUCGUGCUCGGGACCAUCACUGGUGUCAUGAUUCUCCUUGGUCUGAUCUUGUUCUGUAUUCGACGACGACGUGGCAAGAAUCAGCAGAACGUCGAGGGUGGUCCGAACGCCAGGGGUAUGAGCCCAAGAGGCUUCCCUGACGAGAAGGCCGGGCUUGGAUACGGCAACGACGACUUUGGCCCUGGCCCCAAUGGUCACUUCCGUGGUCACCAGCAGCAAGGAUCUGCGGGCUCCUUCUCCUCUAUGGCAAUUCUGAUGGGCAAGGUCAACGGCAACAACACUCCCAAGUCUGCUGGUGGUGCGCAUGGCGGUAGCAACCGCGAUAACUCGAACACCUUCUUCAAGAGCACCAUCGGCAAGCCCAUACCUCAGAUGAACGAACAGUCUGCCCUCUCGCCCCCGUCUCGGGAUGAGAAAGGUGUCUCGUUCGCCGCCGAUGUCGUCGAGCCCCGCCCGACGCCCCGGGGAGCUCCCGUAGGCCGUGCCGGUGAGACGCGCAGAAGCUCAGGCUGGAACCGAUACUGGUCCGGCGGCAGCGCGCUCAAUAUUCUCGGAUUCGGCAACUCGAAGCGGACGACCGUCGACUCGGAUCGAAGCUCUCACUACUCCAACACCAACUACAAGAACCGGAUAACACAGGACUCGGCCACAGUGCCUCCACUGCACCUCAUCACCCAGGACUUGACCACGGUCCCGCCCAUUCAGCACGAUGGCCGGCCGGAGCUCAGCCGUGUCGUCUCGGGCAGUCCGACCGUAUCCAACUACUCGAACCAGAUCCCCUUCCGGGACGGAGUGUCUGCCACGAUUGAAUCCCCCCGAAGACCCACGUCUGACGCGUCCUCUGGAUACUCGAGCGGUAUUCCCGAGAGUGUCCGCGACGCAUGGGACCCUACCGGCCCCUCGAGACCCUGGGGUGCCAAUCGCGCGCCGAGCAGCGUGUACGCCGAGAGCCUCUACCCGACUUCGCUGGCGCCGAGCCUGCCGAACAGGCAAACCCAAAACGAGAUUCCGAUUGGUAUCAGCCAGCAGCCCCCUCUCGCCAUGGCGGCCACAUCGUCAGAUAUGAGCUGGCUCAACCUAGGCGAGAUCAACAAGCAAAACCGCCAAUAGGUCCAGCCGGCGACAACAAACAUGCCUUGAAGCCAUGGCGGUGAUGAGACACUAAUGGCCACUGUGCACCACUCUGCGAGCUCCGCUCUCGCCCAUGGCGCUUCACGACCCAGAAUCAUGAUCCGUCCUUUUUUAUACCCAGGUCUUUUCCGGAGCAUCGUUUUCGGCGGAGGGGGCCUCUGCAUUCCAGCAUAGACGGCUUACAGUACUCGAAAAGUCCUACUCGUUACAUACACACAUACACCUUAGCCCAAGUCUCUCCCGAGACGCAACACACAUGCACACUCCCGCGCAACUCUCACUACCCAACUACCUACCUUAUACCCAUCUCAUUCACCGCCCGUCCUGCUCUCUGCCGCGCACACUAUUCCUGCCAUCUCGAACCUCUCAUCACGACCGCGGCAGACAUGGUAUGGACCUCCCCUUUUGGGCGGCGUAAUUCGCUUCAUGCACUCGUGAACAUAGUUUCCCUUUUCCUCAACGUUUCCUGUUCGCUUUCUAUCUCUUUUUUCCUCUUUUCAUUUCUCGCUUCUCACAGCAUCAAUCUCUUCUGUACAUUUCUCUAUCUUAGAGCCAGACCCGGGACAGGUCGUUCCCUUCGCAGUCAGUCAUUUCCGUGAUACCGAUAUCGCAGAGAAUAUCACACAACCAAGACACACUCAUGCCGCGCAACGAACAUGACGCUGCUUGGUUUUGAAUAUGUAAUUACCAAUUUUUUGUUCAUCGCCUCAAUUGGGGAAAGGGGAGGUAUCUCAAAAGGGUGUCGAUGAGGCUGCACUUGUGCAACUCUUUUUCCUAGGUGUUUUGUCUUUCUCCCUCGGCAUCUCGGCUCUACGUGCUCCUUCCUCUGGGAGGGGGGCGACUUACUCGACAGGCCGCGAGAGGGCGGAAAAGGAGCAAAUGGAUGGCGAAGGCCUGGGAGGGCGGAGAAGAUGUUUUUUAUCUUUGUUUUAUUUAUGAAAGAUGAAACAGGAGACGACGGAGGGGAGGGAGGAUCUAUUGUAUUAUUCCU